CACACGAUAUCCAAUGAGCAUGCUGCUUUUCCGGAAGGAUUUCACAGAGAGUCUCUCGAUAUUACCGUAGUUCAGUAUACCAUCAAGAAUGGUGCAUAAAAUUAACAAACGGGCUGGAAAGUUACUUUCCGAACCGCAAGAAUUUAAAAGGCAGCGAACACAAUACGAAGACCUAACUGCCGAUUUCAAGAAUAAUUUAGUGGAUUUCUCCAAGCAAUUUUGUCACAUUUAUGCAGUGAGACUGGCGGAAUUAAAGGAGACAUUGAUACCACGGGUCACUGCAAAAUGGGAUAAUGUUAAAAUACUGAAGUUGGCGGAAUUGGAAGAUUUUGAAGGACAGGAGUGCGUAAUAAUCGGCACCCUUUACAAACACCAAAAGUCGAAGCCGUCGAUAUUACAAGAGUUAAGCGAAGAUCAUCAACUUACAUUUCCGGAGCCAAAAUCAAAUUAUUGCUCGGAAAAUGAUGAACUUUUCCUAGAAGAUGAAAUGUUACGUGUCAAAUUAAUAGUUGAUGUUACGGAGCUAAAGAACUAUGUGACAGGAGUUGUGUGCGCUAUAUUGGGCCACAAAGAGAAAAAUGGUACCUUUGCAAUCAAGAAAUGGUGCUUCCCUGGUUGCGUAUCAAAGAGUUUGUCAGUCCAAAAGACACAAUCCAAGGGAAAACUGGUAUUCCUCUCUGGACUCGACUUGGUAAACAGCUUUAAUAGUUUGUCACUGAGUCUUUUGAGAGAAUGGAUAUGCGGUAUGGCUGGAGAUCCAACGGCGCAAGAAGACGUCACUCACGUUAUCAGAGUUAUCAUCGCUGGCAAUACCGUGAAAACUGUUACAAAGACAAAUACCUUGAUUGGACACGCCGAAGGAAAGGCGCAAGAUACCGCGAUAGUAAAUGAAGUAACUGUAGCGACGAAACACAUGGACGAGUUUCUCGCCGAAAUAGCAAAGUGUUGUUGCAUCACUUUGAUGCCAGGUCAGCACGAUCCUACCAACGCGAUGCUGCCCCAGAGGCCGCUACAUCCGUGUGUACUACCACUAACAUCCAGAUACCAAAGUUUCAAAGGUGCGACUAACCCGUGGAUCGGUAAAGUCGCUGAGCGUGUAAUAAUGGGUAGCAGCGGACAGCCGAUCGAGGAUCUCGCGAAGGCAACCGGUGCGACGGACAUUUCUUCUUUGGAAUGGCUGGAAAGAACGCUGCUUUGGAAACACAUGUGUCCAACCGCCCCGGACACAUUGCCGGCAAAUCCUUAUUCCGAAAGAGAUCCGUUCAUUAUAAAUCACUGUCCGGAUAUAUAUUUUGUGGGUAACACAGCUAAAUUUGAAACAAAGUUGUGGAAAGGUGAGGGCAAUCAAGUGGUCAGACUAAUUUGUAUUCCUCAAUUUUCUUCUACAUGUACUGCAGUUACAGUGGAUAUUGAAAGUUUGGAUGUUGGAUUUGUUUGUUUCGAUACUAAAUUUGUUGGUAUUGAAAGAAGAUAGAUUAGCGAUGUGUAGAUAUCCGGAUAAAUUCUUAACUUGUUACAUUGUUCAUAUUUUUGUAUCCACAUGUGUUCUUUUGUGUUUCUGUGCUAAUUUCAUAUAUUAUACACUGAGAUUUGGAAAUAAAAACGUGACUUUGUAUUUUUAUAAUAUCACAUGUGGUUAUUUCGGAUUCCAUUUCAUUAUUAUUAAGCAAAUAUAUCGAGUACGGGAGAUCGAGCAACGGCAAGAUUUAUCGCGUAUCAUCGCGUAGGAAAUGACGUUAAAUGUAGAUAAGGUGGAUAAACGCGAUUCGUAUUCAACGAUGAGAGGAAAAGAACAAGUUCUGUAAUCACCCAUUUUUAUUGGCAUCGUAAAAGUGAUGUACAAAAUUGAAACGCAUGCGAUCUUCAAAAAAGUUUGUGAACAUUUACCUGGUUAUAAAACUUCUAAUACGAAAGAAAAUACACAUGUAGUAUCACAGACUAUUAGAAAGUCGCGAAAUCACAGUGACACAAGAAUUUCGUCAUUGUUAACGCUUAAAUUAACGAAUGAAAUUAUGUCUCACAAAUUAUAGCAAUGAUAAGAACAUAACAGUCAAAAUACAGGGUAUUUUUAUUCAACUGAUAACACAGCUAUCCAUACACAAGCAUUUUUAACACGCGAGCUGCUUUUGUUCUACAUACUUCAAAUUCACACGCUAUAUCGAGACUAUCUCCUAUGAUACACGAAUUUACAUUCUUCUCGCAUAAUUUUAACGUUGCAUCAUUAUUCUUACCUGUAUGAUGUAAAAACGCAUCUUAAAAGAUACAACACAGAUCGAAAAGAAAAGUAAACGGAACUUGACUCUCUCUCUCUCUUAAAUUCAACUGAUUUUGACUGUUACAUAAAGUGUGAUAUUUGCGAAAUUAGGUGCAAAAGUUGUAAUGUCGGAUAUAUAUGUAUAUGUGUAUAUGUACAUGUAUAAUACAAGGAUUUAAAAAUAUAAGUUUUCACGUAACAAUAAAAUCGUAACGUACAUUUGUGAUUGAAGCGACCGUGGUAUCGAAGUCUUUUGUUAAGUGCGCGUCUCGGAAUCUAGUAUCCCCUUUCUCACAAAAUAGAAAAAGCGCACAAGAGUCAGAAGGUACACAGUGCUACGGAGCAUUUUACAAUUGGCAUUUUUAUUCAAAGUGAAUGUCUGAUUGUAACAUACAUUUUUUUCUUAUAAAAUCGCUCGAUCUGUCAUGAGAUUCCAUUUCUCCCUCGGAAUUAUAACACUACCUAUUAUUCGUAACACAGAGGAGGAAAUUUGGUAAUGCAAUGUACGUACGCUAACGUUAACACGACGCUCGUACAAUCCUAAUGCUUUGGCCAAAAUAGCAAUGCUUAAAAAAAAAAAGA